AUGCGCCGAGAUGCGCCAUUGACGGCGGAGGCCCAGCUGCUCGCCCCACUCUGGCAGCCCAAGCCGACUACUGUGAGAUCGCAGCCGCAGAAGCAAGACAAAGUCGACAAAUACAACGAAGUCAAGCACUUGGAAUACGAUAAUGACAUUUCGUCUUUAGCGCUGGGCUUUGUUCCGUUUCCAUUUACUUCUGGUGGUGGCAUCACAUACAACACAAUGGACGCUCCCGAGGCGCGCAGGUUUUCCACGAGUACGGCUGAGCGCGUCGGCUUACUCAAGUCGCACGACAACGCAGCGAAGCAGCGUCAAUAUGGCGCGAUUCCGGAUCCCUCUGAUAUUGAGAGUCUGCUGGGGGGAGAGGGGACGACAGAAGAGCUGGGAACGACGGCGGGGCAAGAAGCCAAGUUGCUCCUGAAAUACAGCGUUCCGCUCAUGGGAACAUACCUACUGCAAUACUCGUUCAGCUUGGUGACCAUCUUUGUCGUGGGGCAUAUUGGGACGGAUGAGCUUGGUGCGGUAUCUCUAGCUACAAUGACAGCCAACAUUACCGGACUAGCAAUCUACGAAGGACUGGCCACAUCGCUAGACACUCUCUGCGCGCAAGCUUAUGGUUCAGGGAAGAAAACCAUGGUAGGUCUCCAUCUUCAGCGCAUGAUACUCUUCAUGCUGGCUGUUACCAUCCCAAUUGGAGCAAUCUGGUUAUGUUCGGGCUGGAUUCUGGCAGCCCUCGUUCCGGAAAAAGCAAUCGCGCAUCUCGCCGGAUACUACCUUUCGUUGCUUCUCGCAGGAGCGCCAGGAUACGCCAUUUUUGAAGCUGGCAAGCGGUUUACGCAAGCCCAAGGCCUUUUCAACGCGUCACUCUUCGUCUUGCUUAUUGCGACGCCCAUCAACAUAGCUCUGAACUAUGUUUUUGUAUUCGUUCUAGAUUGGGAUCUCACAGGUGCUGCACUUGCAACUGUCCUCUCCAACAAUCUUCUGCCGUUGUUGCUCUGGAUUUACGUAUACUUUGUUAAUCCAUCUUCGCUGGAAUGCUGGGGUGGCUUCACUAAGGCUGCGUUUACAAACUGGGGUCCGAUGGCUAAAUUGGCUGUCCCGGGUAUUGUCAUGGUUGAGACGGAGUGGCUGGCUUUUGACAUUCUUACCUUCUCCACAAGCUAUCUUUCCACAGCUCACUUGGCGGCGCAGUCAAUCGUCAUGACUCUGGCAGUAGCUAUCUACCACGUCCCAUUCUCCGUUGGCGUAGCCGUCUCAACUCGCCUGGGCAAUCUAAUUGGUGCUGGCUCCCUCUCCGCAGCCCGCACCGCCACAAAAACCUACAUUUUAACUUUCCUCGCCAUCGGACUCAUCGACUUCACCUUUCUAACCGCUUGCCGAAACACCCUACCCAAAGCCUUUACCAGUGACCCGGAAGUCGUUAGCAUAGUAGCCACCGUAUUGCCUCUGCUGGCCGCUUUCCAGUUCGCCGACUCCACCACCGCGCUUGUGAACGCUCUACUCCGCGGCCUGGAGGAGUUCGAGUCCCUGAGGACUGGACUAGAGGGAGAGAAAGGGCGGUCGAAGACGUAG